AUGCCUAACGCAACCGUCAAACUGAUUUCCUAUGAAGUCACCUUCCACGACGGCCGAGACCCUAUCAUAUUCGAUCUUUCCACGCCCGAGGGCGUCAAAAAGGCGAAGACCGAAGGCUUCAACCUCAGAGAAGGUGAAGAAUACAAGACGAGCUUGAAGUUCACUGUGGAAGGAGACCAAAUUUCUGAGUUAUAUCGGACACAAGAAGUGUUUAGAGAAGGUAUAAGGCACUCACGAGGUACGAAGAUGCUGGAAGGAAAGGGAUCGUUUGGUCCUUCGGAUACACCCAAUGUGAUUAAUACACCUCACCAAGGAUGGGAAGAAGCUCCCGGUGGACGUCUCAGACAUGGAUCAUAUACUGCGAGAACUAGUUUCUCCGACGACGAAGACGAUACAAAUAUGCUAGAUUUUGGUGUUCGAUAUAGAGUUCAGGCUCACUAA